AUCACAACUCAAGUAGACUAACUUGAAUACAACUCAUGUUGAGAUUAUAAGUAGUGUCUAUUACAUUUACCAUCCAUCCAUUUUCCAUUUUAGUCGUUUAGUUUGUCCAGCUCUCUCACCUCCUCAUCUGUGCACUCUUCUGAAACAGAUCCAGCUUGAGGGCUUCAACGUUCAUGCUAACAUAGCACGGUGGCUGAGCGGUCAGCACUCUUGCCUCGCACCCCUGGAGCUGGGGGCUUGAAUCCCGCCUCAGCCCUGUGUGCGCAGAGCUUGCAUGUUCUCGCCGUGCUUCAGGGGCUUCCCCCAGGCCCAAAAAACCAUGCGUUGUAGCCUGAUGGCCAUUUCCAAAUUGUCGGCAGUGUGCGAUUGUGCCCUGCAAUGGGUUGGUACCCGACAUGUUGGGUUGUCUGCUGCCUUGAACCCUGGGUUCUCUGGGAUAGGCUCCAGGUUCCCCUCAACCCUGUGUAUGAUAAGCGGAAUGGAAAAUGGAUGGAUGGAUGGAUUUUGAGUUUGUUGCAUCCACUACUACUAUGCUGGAUUUCUCAUUAAUGUGACGUUGAAUGUCGUUGGGGCGCACGUUCGCCUCACACAUCCAGGGUCGGGAGUUCGAUUCACACCGUGGCCCUGUGUGUGUGGAGUUUGCAUGUUCUCCCCGUGCUGCGGGGGUUUCCUCCGGGUACUCUGGUUUCCUCCCCCAGUCCAAAGACAUGCAUGGUAGGCUGAUUGGCGUGUCUAAAGUGUCCGUAGUGUAUGAAUGGGUGUAGUGUAGGAAUGGUGUUAAUAUGUGUGUAAAUGUGUAUGUGAUGGUGUAACCUGCCUUGUGCCCGAUGCUCCCUGGGAUAGACUCCAAGUUCCCCACGACCCAGUAGGAUAAGUGGUAUAGAAAAUGGAUGGAUGGAUGUCACUGGAAAAUGGUGAGUGAAAAAGGCUUUUUGGUUGUCAUGAGCUAACAGUGAAACGUGACUGCUAUCGCCUAUGUUUGAGAUGAUCAAUGCAACACACAACCGCUAACUUGUAACCAAAAAUUAACACCAGAAUCACUAAGCACAUCAUAAAUAUUUCAAUAUGACCAUAGUGAAUGUUCAGGGUGGACUUAAUAUCUGGGGCAAGUUUCAUAUGAACUUGAAAGGAUUUUAAGCAGCCAGUGGAAUGGAGCAGUCAACAAAUCUCUGGGUUUCCGUUUCAGUCCUAAACUUUGGUUAAUGUCUAUGUGGUGUUUCACGUGUUCUUCUUGUGUCCAUGUGGGUUUCUUCUUCAGCCUUGUCUGGUGUCCUCCCACCUCCCCAAAACACACCGACUAAACGGAAAAAGGCCUGUUCGAUUCAUUCUGGUUAGAGUCGACUCUCCUAAACGAGUCCAGAAAGAACCGACUCGUGAAUCUCUCAUCACCAGCACCAACAUCAUCUUCUUGUUGAGGACAAAAGAGGCGCACCUGCGAGCUGGAGACGGAAAUGCAGAUGUGUUCAUCCUGAGAUCAUGCUGAUGUGUGACUCGAUCAGGAAUACGACUGGGAAUAUUUUCUCGCUCGGAAAGUAAACAAAACAAAGCUUAAAAAAAAAGAAAGAAAAAAAAGGACGCGAAUAUGUUGUUGUUCUCAGCGCUCUUCCAUCAUCAGCUGGGCUUCCUGCUUCUCUUCCUCGCCAUCGCUCGCGCCUCUCAGAUUUCCGAUCUAAAGUCGAAACUGUCCGGUGUGGAGGAGCUGCUGGAGGAGUUCCGCAAGCAGCUGCAGCAGGAUGACUCGGAGCAGAGCGCGGAGGACGCGAGCGACGCGUGUGUGAGCGACUUCGACGCGGCGGAGGAGCGCAUCAUCCGCGCCAUGGCCUCCAUCGAGCGCGGCGCCACCUUCCUCUCGGCUCCGGGCCGCGUGUACAGCCGCCGGGACUGCGUGCGCGCCUGCUGCGCCGAGCCUCGCUGUACCACGGCCAUCGUCCAGGAGCAGCCGCAGCAGCCGGACAGCGGCGGGGGUCUGCGCUGCUACCUGUUCAACUGCACGUACGGCGGCGCGAGCGUCUGCGCCUUUUCGUUUCAGAGGGGCUUCAGCACGUUCAGCCGGGUCGCGCGCAACGUCAGCGCGUCCAGAGAGCGUCACCGGAGGCCUGUGGAGGAAGAUGAAGAUGGCGACUCGUCCAUGCGAGGGCUUGACGAACCGCCACGCAGCGAUGCCGGAAUGGACGUGGUGAUCCAGCUGCCUACGGACUGGGCCAUACUGGAUGGCAGGGACAGCAUGGAUGACCACGGUGUCGUACGUUACGAAUGGGCUCUCGUUAAAGGAGAUCCGUCAAUCAGCAUGAAGGUUACCCACCCGGGUCUGCUGAAGCUGAGCGGGCUCAGAGAGGGCGUCUACACUUUCCAGAUGACUGUCACUGAUACCAUCGGGCAGAGGAGUUCAGAUAACGUCUCCGUCACUGUCCUGGCACCUGAACACCACGCAGAAGUGUGUACUCAUCAUUGCUCGCCGUACCAGUUCAUGUGUGAUGACGGCUGCUGUAUCGACAUUAGCUACGCCUGCGACGGCAAACAGCACUGUCCUGAUCGCUCAGACGAAGACUUCUGCCGUAACUUCGACGGAGGCCGCAAGACGGUGACUCACACCUCCGGCGCUACGUCUCAGAUCGGAGGAGCCAGAGAAGCAGAGGGCCGAGCCAUGAUCCCUUCAGGACCACGUAAUCCUGAAACCCCCGUAGAGCCCAAACAACAAAAACAGCCUACGGUUGCCCAAGAUCCCUGCACGAUGCCCCCUGUGGUCGGUCCGUGUAAAGGCGUUUUCCCACGCUGGUACUACGACCCCACAGCCGGAGAGUGUAAACACUUCCUGUACAGCGGCUGCAAAGGGAACCACAACAACUUCCUGCAGCAGGCCGACUGUGCGAACGAGUGUAUCCAGAAACCUGCUCCAGGUGAUCGUCAGGCCACUGCAGCGCCUCCUCCCACAACACACACAAACACAGCUGCCAGGUCUUCCAGUACCGAAUCCAAAUCCAAGAAUUCUGCAUCAUUAUCCCAGAAUGCUCAGCCAGUAACUAAAGCUCAUACAGAACUCAGCGGACACUCGCCACCAGAGUCAGGCGCGAUCCUCGCCCUGGUUCUCGGGGUGAUUGUUAGCGCUCUGCUCUUGCUGAUGGUGGGCUGCAGGCUGCGUGUGCGACGUCACAGGAGGAAGAAAGCUCUGCCGCUCACCACCGAGGAAUCCGAUUACCUCAUCAACGGCAUGUACCUGUAGUGCAACAUCUGUGUAUCAUACUCACACACACACAUAUAUACAAAGAGCAGAGUGUACUUAUGUGUAUAUUUGGAGGGGAGAACCAUGAAUAUAACUAAAAAAUAUUAUAUAAUGUAGAAUAUCAGCUGCUACAUUGAGUCUGAGAAUUGAGAAUACAUCAUCGAACCCUUCUGAUAUGAGGCAACUUGUUUUUGAUAUUCGAUGUCUUAAUUUCACUGGAUGAGACUUGUGUCAAAAGAGUCAUAGCUGGAAUGGAAUGUCAUUUAAUUCAAUAAUUGAAAAAAAAAUGUAUAUAUAUAUAUAUAUAUAUAUACUAGAAACACAGGAGUCAAGAACAGGAGUCUGAAGCGGGACAGUCGAAGAUCAGGUGAUAUUUGUCCUGUUCAGCUAGCUAGUUUGGGUGAGCCUGUGCCCACUGUAGUCUCAGAUUCGUGUUCUUGGCUGACUGGAGCGGAACCUGAUGUGGUUUUUCUGCUGUUGUAGGCCAUCUGCCUCAACAGCAUCUGCCUUUCAGUUAGCCUUCAUGUCAGCUCGAACCACUCUGGCCAUUCAGGCCUGACCUCUCCCAUCAGCCAGGUGUUUCCACCUGCAGAACUGACGCUUACUGGAUGUUUUUUGUUUUCCGCGCCAUUCCGUGUAACCGUGGUGCCAAUCUCUGGAAACCGUGGUGUGUGGAAAUCGCAUAAGAUUAUCAGCAGAUCCUGUUCAAGUGGCCGAUAUCCUUUCCUGGUAUAUUUCAACGAGAUAAAAGCAGGAGAAACAGAGGCCUGUGUUUCCAAAUUGAAGCAAUUUCAAUCAAAAUGAAAAUUCAUGACCGAAAUGGAAAUUCAGGACACAUUGGACUGAAAACUAUAGCCGAAACAGAAAAACAAGUCCCAUAUUAUUAUUAUUGGCUCCAAGCACCAAUGGUCCGUAGGCACUUAUUGUAUCCAUUAGUUUUCUUCUGCUUAUUGUUAUUAUUCUGCGUCUUCUUCUUCCCCACUGGGAGUCUAUGUACCAUAAGUAGGAAAAUUAUGAAAUUUGGUACAUUCAUACAUAUGACCAUGAGUAGUAUCUGUACCAAUUAUGGGCCCACUAUGACCAACUCUGUAGCGCCACCACUAGUUCAAAUAUUCACUUUUCAAAUGGUUAUAAUUGUUGAACACUUUGUCCCAGAGAAAAUAAUUUAGUUCAUCAGAUUACGCUCCUCAUGGUGAUCACAAUCCAUAUCUUACAUUAAGACUCCACCCAUUACAGUAGUCACCAUUUUAAAUGGUUUUGUUACUCCUCAUUCAGAUUUUGUCCAAUUCUUACCAAUAUUGGCUCAGAUGAUCAUUGGGCAGAUCAUCAGACAAAACUGACUGAACAGAAUUUUGAUAUUCAUAUUUGUUCAAAAGUCGUGAUCCAGUAUCUGUUAAUAUUGUAACUAAUGCGUUUCUGUGCUCAUUCUCACCUUGGAAGCCCUCCUUAGGAUCCCCAAAAAACCUGCACUCUCUGUGUGGCGCACUGUGAUAAACAACAAGCUUCAAUUCUAACGGGUCUGGUUUCAAUUCCAGUCUGGUGCCAGUUCUUUAAAGUAUCUGUAAUCUUGUGUCAUUUGGUUCCUGACUUUUGUGGCUCAGCUUUGCACUAAACUUUCAACCUCUUGGCAUGCACAUAAAUGCCCCUGUUCUGUUAAUUUCCUGUUCAAUCUUAUUCUCAGCUGUGCUUCUGAACCUCUUUUAUUCAUUCAUAUACAUUCUGUUUCUCCUCUUCGUGGUCUUCAGGCUCCGCAUUGCGCUUGCGGCGCCUUUGGUGCUUGGCCCCUUUAAUCGCUGCUUGCAGCUAUAUUUACUGUUAUUAUUAUUAUUAUUAUUAUUAUUAUUAUUAAUAUUACUAUUAGUGCUGUUGCAUACUAGUUAUACUAGUUAAAUAAUUACAAGGUAAACAAUCAACACUAUAUUACUGUUAAAGUUAUUCCUUUUAAUAAGACUCCACAAAAAUUAGAAAUACAAUAAGUUUAAAACGAUUUACAGACUGUUCAUUUAUCUGUGAGACUUACAAUAACACCUAGCGUCUUUUUUUUUUUUUUUUUUUAAACUGGACAUUUUUGGUCAAAUUUGUCUUUCCAAAAAAUACCGAAAGUGUCUAUUUUUGGAAUUUUUUGCCAUAAAAGAUCAGACAUUGCAGUUUCAGUUCAUCCUCAAAAAUUUAAGUUUUUUUUAAGUGAAUAAAGUAAAAAUUUCCACACUA